CCCCUCCCAACACAUUAAACUUCAAGACACUGGUGGCCCCAGAGGUGGACGUUUCCCUGGACCAGAGCAGCAGCUCCUUGCUGUCUGGUGGCUUCUUGGAUACCCUCGAUGACCUAGAUAUCAACAUGGAUGACACUGAGACCCCCAAUGAGACCGACUUGCUGGAGUUCCUGGGGAACAGCAAUGAACUGGAAUGGGAAGAUGACACCCCUGUGGCCACGGCCAAGAACAUGCCCGAGGACAGCACAGAUCUGUUUGGUAAUAGUGUGGUGGAGGAUGGCGGUGCCACCAGUGGGCACCAGUGGCGGAUAAUGAUCAUUGGGAAACAGGAGCGUCUCAUCAACCUGCACAUGAUCCGGCCCUACAUAGAGGUGGUCACUUGCGGAGGGGAGACCAGCACCCUCAGCACCCCCUCCUGGCUCCAGCUGCUGGGCAACUGGAGACCU